CCCUCUGCCGGUCGCGGAGUGUAAUGUCAUUUGAUCCGCAAUGUCUUUGAGGACUCUGCCUUUACUCAUUAUAAAUAUGGGUGGAGAAAUGCUUUAUAUUUUGGACCAGAGACUCCGAGCUCAGAAUGAAACUGAUGAUAAAAUACAGAAAGGUUGGUCCGAGGCUGACAGAAAACGAGUGAUGUAUGAUAUAGUGGGUGUGAUGUUCAGUAAAUCAUUUAUGGAGGAGUUGAUGCAGCCACAGGACACAUACUCACACCAAGCUCUGCGCUACCUGCUAACACGCCUGGCUCACACCUCCAUCAUGAGGCUCAACUCCACCAGCAUGGACAGGCUGUAUGACCUGAUGACGAUGGCGUUUAAGUACCAGAUCGCUCUUUGUCCUCGACCUCGAGACAUACUGCUCAUCUCCUUCAACCACAUGGACGGGGUUCGUGAGCUGGUUAAAGACAAUCCCCGCCUUGUUAACCUCAUCAACGAGGCACAGCGUCUCAUCGUAGAGAUGUUUACUUCUUUAUCAGACGGUGAGUUUCAGCUCAUGCGACAGACUCUCCUCGCUUUCUUUCAGGACGUGCACAUCAGGGUGUCGAUUUACAUGAAGGAGAAUCUCCAGAACGCAGAUGGGAGUUUUGUGAUGCCGACAUCGGGGCCUGUGCCUCACGGAAAUGAAGUUCCGGGAUUAAUCAGGUAUUUUAACAGCCGAGGUAGGGUGGUGGGGAGGCGUGAGUUUGUGAGCGGAGGAAGUUACACCGGCCCCGUGAGAGAACCUUCAUUCGACUUGUCUGGAGACCGAGUGACACGCCUGGGCACUAACAUGUACGGUGUGAGCUCAGCUGAGGAUACACACACUUCACAAAGCUCCACACACACCUGUAAAAGCGAGCAGGUCAGUGAUGAUCCUAACCCUUUGGCUAAAGUAGAGCUGAACCUUUUAGCCAAGCUGAUGGGUCAGAUAGAAGUUUGGGAUUCAGUCGCUGCUGAUGGAGGGAUGAGAGUCAAUUUGUUUCCUUCAGACCAGGAAGAUGACAGCACAGGAAGGUUAUCGGAGGCGGACAAGGCGUUCACUGUGGUGAACAUCCAGGCGGUGAAGGCAGACACCGAGUUGUCUCGCAUCGCCGCCGAGUUCACCAACCAAGACGAAGUUCAGAGACCCAGCGACAAAGGAGAAGAUCUUCUGGCCAUGAUGGACGAACUCUGAAGCACAAAGACUAUCUUACACAAUUAACACAUCCAUUUCACGUGUGAUCUUCUAUUCUGAUAAAUGUGAUUAUGUGCAACGUUAAAGGCAUUUCUAAUCUUGAGUAAAGGGUAAUAAAUAAAAUCAUGUGUGACA